AUGUUGACUGUCACGCGGUCUGAUGGAGACUCCCGGACUGCAGCUCGGGCCAAAACUUCCGAAGAGGCAUGUGCCAUUAUGGAAGCCGUUGAGGCUAUGUUCAGCAGGUCACAACAGAAGAGCUCCACGAAACUUGCGUGGAAGCUAAACCAACCCCCGGCACCCAACGAGCUGCAGACCAUGGAAGAUAGGAUGCGAGUGCUGCUCCGCGAACUAUUUACCCUAAAGGAGGAACAGCCACAUGACGACCGUGUUGAGGAAGCGAUGUGGACGGAGACUGGAGAUUAG